UCGCUCCGCAGAAGGAAGGGAAAGUCAACCAGCGGGCCUGCUUAGGUUCCGUGUCGUUCUUUGUUGUUUUGAGUCCAGUUUGUGGACCAGUCGCGGCCUGCACCCCGUCGAAAUGCGCUUUCGGCACCCUGCUGAGCCAGAGAUUUAUCGACUGCGGCGAUGAGGUGAAUGAUCCAAGUGUGCCGUGAUCAAAUAGUGUGCGUGUGAGGACAGUGAUUUGCAUCGGCUCGCCAAUUAGUGUGUGAUUGGGCACGAUGACGCGCAGAGUCGACUCAAUUAUCGGCUCGCUCUUUUUUUGGGCUGUGCUCGUCCAUAAUGCCGCGGGCGUGUUCAGCUUCAAUUCGCCGCCGCUGGUGGUCGUCAAUCGCGAAUGGCAGGUGCCGGCGACCGAUCCGAUUGGCAGCGUGGUGGUGCGUGCCGACGCCAGGGACGCGGACGGUGACGCCGUCACGUUCGGCCUCGAGCAGACGUCGCCCGACCACUUCGGACACCUGGACGCACCGGCACCAUUCCGCAUCGACAAUCAGACCGGCGUCGUCUACGUCAAUGAGUCGCUUGUGGAUUAUGACAACAAACAGUUUUUCCUGUACGUGACUGUGAACGACUCGUUCGCGAGCUCCAAAACGGAGGUCAGGGUGCGCAUCGGACCUCAAAAAACAGGGCCAAGCUUCCUUCCUCCCCCUCCACCACCGGUUCCUCCCUUUCCUGCAAUUCCAAGCUUCAACCCAACAGUUCCGCCUGCAACCAGAUCGACUGGAAAGAGAAGGAAGAGCACCACAACCACCACUACAACGACGACGACGGAGAUCCCCAAGGAAAUCACCGAGUUGCCGGCGGUGCGAUCCACUUCGACGCUCAGCAAUCUGAGCAUCCAGAACGCCACAGACCAGCAGAAGCCGCCUCCAACGCCCUCGAGCGACAGUUUGGCUAGCACAAUCCUGCCUGCUGUGGCCAUCGGAGCCGUUCUAGCCAUUGCUGCUACCAGCAUCCUCUACAUCUUCAGACAACGCAUCUGCAGGAAAGCCGAAACCAAAGACCAAUUGAGGAAGGACUCUGGAGGCAUGGCUUUGCAGACGUCCACGGGCAACUGGAGUAGUCAGAGGCCGCCACUCAAUAGAUACGAAUCUGCCUGGAGCAGAGAUACCACAAUUUCGCAGUUGGAGCCUGGUUUGGCGGAAAAGGCGGCUCAAGAAGAUCGCUGGGAGUUUCCACGUCACCGGCUAAAAGUGUUCCACAUUCUGGGCGAAGGCUGUUUCGGCCAGGUCUGGAAGUGCGAAGCAAUCGAUAUUGAUGGCCGAGAGGGCCCGUCUGUGGUAGCUGUGAAAACGCUUAAGGACAACGCUGGUGACAAGGAGCGCGAAGACCUGCAACAGGAGCUGCAGGUGAUGAAAACGCUCGAUCCGCAUCCCAACGUGGUCCGCCUGCUGGGAUGCUGCACCGAGAAGGAGCCACUGUUUGUCAUCAUGGAGUACGCGUCCUUGGGCAAAUUGCAAAGUUUUUUGCGCAACUCGAGGGCCGACCGGCAGUAUGGCAACUUGCACGGUCGCAGCGACAGCCUCACCUCCAGAGAGCUCACCAGCUUCAUGUACCAGGUGGCCCGAGGCAUGGAGUACCUCUCGUCCAAAGGGAUCGUGCACCGCGACCUCGCCGCACGAAACGUGCUGCUGACGACGGAUCGCGUGUGCAAAGUGGCCGACUUCGGGUUCGCACGCGACCUUGCCUCCAAGCUGGUGUACGAGCGCAAGUCGGAGGGCCGCCUGCCGAUCCGGUGGAUGGCGCCGGAAAGUCUGUACGACAACAUCUUCUCGGCCAAGUCGGACGUGUGGAGCUUCGGCGUGUUCAUGUGGGAGGUGGUGACCCUGGGUUCGACGCCCUAUCCUGGCCUGGCGGCCGCUGAGGUGGUCAAGAAAGUGCGCGACGGUGUGCGGCUCGAGAAGCCGGAGCACUGCCGCCGCGAGAUCUACAACAUCAUGUUCUACUGCUGGGACAAAUCACCCCAGGAGCGGCCCUCGUUCAGCGAGACGGUCGAGCUGCUCGAGAAAUUGCUCGUCUCCGAAACGGACUACAUCGAACUCGAACGCUUCCCCGACCACUCAUACUACAACAUGGUCAGCCUCAGUGGCGAGAAAAUUUAAUCAAACUCGAUUACGGACAGUGCGAGAAUUGGUGCGGGUGAAAAUCUGUGAAUAUAUUUAGUCGGAAGAUUUCAGCGCGGAAAUAUUUAUCAGGGGAAAAUCUGAAAAUAAAUUCAAGCAGAGGGUUAUAGACCAUCGCGUUGAAAAACAAGAGUUGUUCGAAGAAUUUACUCAAGGAUAACAUUGUGAAGAAAUCUUUGUUGGGAAACACCAAGUUUGUUUAUAUCGACCUAGUUCCGGCUAGUCUUCCAGCCCAAAUCACGAUAAAAAAAUCAUUUUUAUAGUCAAAGUACAUUUAAUUUGUAUUAUUCGGUAAUAUCAUUUUGGUCAAUGUUUCCCAGCUAGGAUAAAUCUAUUAUAAUUUUUAUAAUUAUCCUUUUAUUAGAAAACCCCGCAUACCUUCCAACUUUAAAACCAUUUUUUGCAUUGACAUUCGUAAAAUUAGAAGAAAACGAACGAUAAAAAAUUGCAAUAUAUUGCACUUAAUAGCGUCUCAUGGGAAAUUCCAUAUUAAUUAUUACAAAUUUGAUAUUUUAAAAUUAUGAUAUUUUUUAAUUGUUUUUAUUCUUCAUUCAAACGAAUUUAAAUGAAAAUGAUCAAUUGCUUUUCAAUUCGAUCGGUAUGUGGAAUUUCAUUGUUGAAAAAAAUGCUCUUGGUGACGUCCUCCUAAAUUCUUGAUUUUUUCUUCUUUAGAUUGAGACAUUUCUUCUUAUUUGCAAAACAUUGAUAUUAAAACGUGAUUCUAGAUAUUUCAAUAUCAAAAGAACAUUCCACUGUGAAACAGAGUUGUGACGGGUCGUAAAAGAGAAGCCAAUUGAUUUGUAUUCCGUCGCGAAACAGCACGCAGCUGUAUUUUGCUUUUUCCAGCACCAAAGUUUGUUGUUCUUGCUCGCGCUUAGUUCGCGUGUCGCAGUUCUCUUUGUUCUCUUUCGAUCUUUUGUGUUCGGAAAUAAAAAGGACCACGCUCAAAGAGAAUACUGAAGGGAAUACAGGUGCCAACAUUCCGAAGCUAAUUUCUCCCUUUUAACUGCCGUGUUGGAGCUCAAUGAUAGUUAUUCGGAUUUCGGAUUCUUUGACUUCUUUCUUGCUCAAAAUUAUUUCGGCAAUUUCCUGUUGGGCGAACCGUUGGCUUGGAAAAUAAAUGCAACGACGAAGGAAGCAGACGCGGACUUCCACUCCGGUGAGCGCCGAUUUCAUUUUAAAUUAUUCGGUGCAUUUUAAUUUGUGCGAGUACGGCAAUCAUGGAAAGCGAAUGGGCGUUUACUGCGGAUGUAUAAAAGAAUUAAUGUGAUGUCUGAUUUUUACUUUGUCUGGCAGGAGAGAGAGAAUGAUAUCUUAGUAAUUUAUUGAGUCCCGCAGCACUUGUUUAUCAAUCGUCUCGGCACCAUUUCCAUUGUUUUGUAACGCAACCUCUUUAUGUUAUGUCUUCUUAACUCAAAUAAUAAAGAAAUAAGGUAAUAUAAAACCAACCCAAGUGAUAUGAACCAGGAUACACAUAAAUUUAAAGCUUGUUUGUACACAUAAAAUCUAUUAUCAAUGGAAAACCUUGUUAGAUUGUCAACAAGACUGCCUUGAAAUGAUAAAAGAUUAUAUUCAUACAACUGUUGAAAAUAAAACAUUUAUAUUGUAAAAAA